AAAACCGGUUUCCUUGACUUCGACAAAUGCUCUCUGUCUUGGCGCGUCCUCGAUGCCGCCGUGCUCUCUUUCCGACGUUAUUCAGAAAAUUCACUGUACUUGCCUUUGAAAGCUCUGCAGACGACACCUGUGCCGCUAUAGUCACGUCGGAGCGCCAGAUUCUUUCCAAUGUGGUCAUCAAGCAACACCAUUUAAACAAAAAAUGGGGCGGAAUCCAUCCUGCGGCUGCAGUCAUGGAGCACCAAGCAAACAUGCCGGUCGCGGCCAAAAGAGCACUUGCAGAUGCUAGUCUCGACAUGUCAAGCAUUGACGGAAUUGCAUUUACCAGAGGGCCAGGUAUGGGAAUCUGCCUGAGCGUGGCUUGCAAUGCUGCGAAAACUCUCGCAGCUGUAACAGGAAAGCCUAUAGUUGGCGUUCAUCAUAUGCAAGCUCACGCUUUGACACCUCUUCUCACCUCUUGGCCUGACAUCCCGACAUUUCCCUUCCUCAGCCUCCUCAUAUCCGGUGGACAUACACUUCUCCUCCUAGCGAACUCGGUCGACUCAUUCCGAAUCCUCGCUACUACCCGAGACGAGAGCAUCGGGCGCACAUUCGACAAAGUCACGCGAGAGUUGGGGUUGGGCUGGGCUGGCCCGGCGUUGGAGAAGUUUUGUUACCAGGAUAUCGAGAGCAAGACUCCCGAAGACUUCACCCCCUUCAGUAACGCCAUGCCAGGUGAAAUGGGGUUUUCAUACUCGGGCUAUCAUUCCCAGGUCGAGCGCUUCGUUCACAGACGCGGCGGCAUUGAAAAUAUCGUGCCCGAAGAAAAGGUCGCCGUUGCGAGAGCUUUUCAAAAGGCCGUUGUCGACCACCUGGAGUCAAAGCUGAUGCUUGGCAUCAAGCGAUGCUUCCGCGAGGAUAUUCCUAUAAAACACGUCGUCAUUAGUGGUGGAGUUGCGAGCAAUUCGUACCUACGAGCCAGAUUAACGCAAAUGUUAAGCGGCCCUCCCAUUAAUGAAGGACUUACACUACAGUACCCUCCGCCGUCUCUCUGCACAGAUAAUGCUGUAAUGGUCGCAUGGGCUUCUAUGCACCGGUUUCUCGCCGGCGACCACGACGACUUUUCGCUGAACCCGGUCACCAAGUGGAGCAUAGAAGAAUUGAACACCAAGGACCAGUAGGCUACGAGCCAGCAAAAA